UUCUUCCGAUACACUUUUCUAGCGCAGUAUCGCAUCGUCAAUUUGAAAACACUGGAGGAUACUCUGCUCACCAAGGGAAACUCAACGAGUCUCCAGCUAGCCACAUGGGCGCCCACCGGGAACGCACUUGUCUUUGUUCAUCUUAAUAAUAUUUACUACAGACCGCACGCCGAUAAACAAAAAGAUUAUCAGAUUACCUUUGAUGGCGUCUUUAGAAGUGUUUUUAAUGGGAUUCCUGAUUGGGUUUAUGAAGAGGAAGUUUUUAAUUCCAACAAAGCGCUCUGGUUUUCACCCAGCGGCAGUAAAAUGGUUUUCGCACACUUUGAUGAUACACAAACGCCAAUUAUGAAUAUUACUUAUUAUGGCUACCCAGGAAGCUUGUCCUUUCAAUAUACAUCAACUAUUCCAAUUCAUUAUCCCAAGCCAGGCAUCACGAACCCUCAAGUGAAAUUGUUUUACGUGGAUUUGGGUAAAGUUGUCGAAACAAAUGGGGAAAUUAAGCUGACUGAAAUAGAGAGCCCACCACAGCUGGCCAACUCCAUGAAGAUACUGGCCGCGGUCGCCUUUCCAACAGAGACUCUCGUGUCAGCUACGUGGAUGAACAGAAUUCAAAACAGGGCGUAUUUCCAUCUCUACGACGUCGAGAACUUGCUAUACAAUACGGCCCACUCUGUCGAGGAGAAGCACGGCUGGGUAAGCCAAUUCGAUCCGCCGCUUUUCAGCCACUCAGCGAGCGAAUUCCUUCUGAUAGAGUCCCGCAAGCAGAAGGACAAUGAAUUCUGGAUGCACUUGCUGAUGGUGACAAACGCGACCACCAGCCCUGCCGUUCGCGAGCUAACUUUUGGGAGCUUCACCGUCACCAGUAUCGUCGGCUGGGAUCAGGAUAACUCUCUGGUAUAUUACAUGGCGACAGUGCCAAAUGACACAUCCCAGCGACACUUCUACCGACUAUCGACAUUAGAACAAGAGUUCAAGCCGGAGUGUCUAAGUUGUGACGUUAAAAGCCAAAUAGACGGGAGCCCAUGUCUUUACAACGACGUUAAGCUUUCACCGGACAAAACUCGGUACAUCCUGACAUGUGCUGGCCCUAGUGUUCCUGACAUUUCGAUUUACAACAGCGUAAACUUGACGAGACUAAUGACGUGGGAAGACAACAAACUGUUGGGAAAUUCAGUAGCUGAGAAAUCUCUACCACUUGUUAAGCGUUUGACGGUGCCAACUCAAGACGGAUUCAAAGCACAAGUCCGACUGCUUAUUCCCCCGGGCGCUGAUUUGACCGGGGCUACCAAGUAUCCGUUGCUUAUCUUUGUAUACGGAGGACCAAACACCGUUCAAAUUUCCGAAAGAUUCAACCUAGACUGGGGAACAUAUUUAUCAACAAAUAAAAACAUAAUAUAUGGAGCAAUAGACGGCCGCGGGUCUGGAUUAAAAAGCACCCGGAAUUCAUUCUCGGUGUACAGAAAUUUAGGGACCGUUGAAGUUUACGACCAGAUAAAUGUCACGAGACACUUGCAAGAAAAUUUUCCAUUCAUCGAUAAAAGUAAAACCGGAAUAUGGGGCUGGAGCUACGGCGGUUAUGCAGCUGGAAUGAGUUUAGCGAUGGAUCAUGAUAGCGUAUUCAAAUGCGGUAUUUCCGUAGCGCCAGUGACCGAUUGGACUUUGUAUGAUUCAAUAUACACGGAGCGUUUUAUGGGUUUGCCGAUACCGUCGGACAAUUUUGAUGGGUACGAACAAGCACAGCUGUUAAAUAAAGCUGACAAAAUAAAAUCCAAUAGUUAUUAUCUUAUUCAUGGUACCCUAGAUGACAAUGUACACUAUCAGCAAUCUUUAUUGCUGGCCAAGGUUUUAGAGCAGAAGGACAUACUAUUUAGACAGCAGAACGUUAUUACGACUUGUCUGUGUAAAUAA